AUGUCCGUGGAAAACGCCAAAAUCCUUUCCACGGGCCCCCUACCCGACAAUGAGGCCCGAUGGAUCAAGUUGGUCAGAAUCAACUACCAGGAUGCCAACGGCACCCGGCGAACCUGGGAGUCUGCCGAGCGAAGCACUCGCCCUGCCGACACGGAAAUCGACGGUGUCGGCAUCGUGGCCAUCCUCGACAAACCCACCGGCAAAGAAAUCAUUCUCCAAAAGCAGUACCGCCCUCCUAUCGGCAUGGUAACCAUCGAGGUGCCGGCCGGCCUCGUCGAUGCUGGAGAGUCGGCCGAACAGGCUGCCGUGCGCGAACUCCGCGAGGAAACAGGCUAUGUCGGCGUGCCCACGGAAACCUCGGCCAUCAUGUACAAUGACCCAGGCUUCUGCAAUACCAACCUGCGCAUGGUUCACAUGAGCGUGGACACGAGUCUGGCGGAGAACCAGAACCCCAAGCCGCAGCUGGAGGACGGCGAGUUCAUCGACGUCUUCACCGUCAAGCUGGCCGACCUGUGGGACGAGUGUAAGAAGCUGGAAGCGCAAGGGUGUGCCAUCGAUGCGCGCGUCGGGACCUUGGCCGAGGGCGUGUUGCUGGCCAGGAAGUAUGCGCUCUGA